AUGUCUCGAGUUUAUCGACAUCCAGCACCAUCAACUACCCGACGACCACCACUAGCAGCAGCGACACCACCACGGCUACGUCCUCCGAGAUCAACAAUGAAUCAGCCAGUAACUCGUGGUGCUCCAACAUCAUUUCGCGGUCGAACAAUGCAUACGGAACGACCACAACUACCGAGAAACAAUAAUAAUCUAUUGGACGAAAACGAUGAAACACAGCAACAAGAACAACGUCCUGUUCAUGUUGGCGACGGUUUUCAUAUGUUUACACCAUCGACAACAAAACGUGAGCAAAUGAGAAGACAAGCUGAAAAUGAACAACGCCAAUAUCAAGCACAUCUCGAAAGCAAACGUCUUCAUGGUAUUCAUGAAGUACAUCGUUUAGGCGGUGAUGGAUUAAGCGAAGAAGAAGUUCGUCAACGGCAAGCAGAAAAUUUUCGCCGAGAAAAACUUCAACGAUUAGAAAAAAGUCAUCAAGAUCAAAUUCAAAAAAAGCAACAAGAAGAAAAGGAUAUCGAAGUAAAAAAACAAGCAGCACGUCUACAGUCAAUGGAAAAUGAAAAAAAAGUUCGCAGUGAUCAAACCCGUGAUUCAGACCGACGAGUAACGACGGAUCGAUUAACUGAUCAAUAUGAUGACAUGAACAUAUCUUCGGAUACAAAUCAAACACGAUCUUAUAACGAGACAUUAACAUCAGAAAAACUUUCAACACUUCGUGAAAUGCUUCCUCAUAUCGAUGAUCAAACUCUUCAAUAUCAUUUAGAAGUUUACAAUGGUAAUAUUGACGCGAUUGUAUCUGAACUGGCAGCUAACUAA